GUGCGGUGCGGUGCGGGCGAAACCAAACUUGCUAGCGUUCCGUCGGACUGAGAGCAGAGGUGGUGCUAACAGUGCGAUGUUUCCUCCGGUAUUACCAUGACACCUUUUAUUUCGAACAACUGACUUUGUGCGGCUGAAAACCACAUCUAUCGGUGCUACGAUGGAUUAGAAAUACAACCCUACCAUGGUGCACUGCUGUAAAAAUGUGAAUGAUUACCUCGGAGGACAGUGACAUAAAGAGCUCAUCUGGUUAUACCUUCGUCCCUCGUAAACUUUAAAGAUGCCAGGCGGGAACCUCCUCACCAAGGUGCGUUCGGCCUUCAGGAAGGAGAGGAGCGACUGGGACCUGAGCGACACGGCUCCCUUCGACUUCUCUGGCGAGCUGGUGGAGGAAGAGGCGCCCAGAUUCAACAAGCUGAAGGUGGUGGUCUCCGGAGAGAUGUCGGACUACUCUGCCGGAGCUCCGUCCAACGGAGUGGCGGUGAACACGGUGGUGGUGCCGGGUGAUGACGAUGACUCCCUGCUGGACUCCUCCUCCAGCCUGGGCAGCCCGGGCUUGAACAUGGACCCUUGUGACAACUGCAUCAAGAAGAGGGAGAUGAUCAAGCACAGGAAGGUGAUGAAGAGGCUCAUCAUUGCAGCUUUGCUGUAUAUUCUUUUCAUGACCGGUGAAAUUAUAGGUGGGUAUCUAUCAAACAGCUUGGCCAUCAUGACCGAUGCCGUGCACAUGCUUACGGACGUGGUGGGGAUUUUGUUCACUCUGCUGGCCGUCUGGCUCUCCACCAAACCACCCACCAAGAGAUUCACCUUCGGGCUGCAUCGCGUCGAGGUUGUGUCGGUGGUGCUCAGCGUGCUGCUCAUCUACAUCCUGACGGCCUUCCUGCUCUACGAGGCGGUUCAGAGGACGAUUAACCAAGACUUCAACAUCGACGGAGACGUCAUGAUCAUCACUGCAGCUGUGGGCGUGGCUGUUAACAUCAUAAUGGGUUUCUUGUUGAACCAAAGCGGUCACGGCCACUCCCACUUUCAUGGCCACGGCCACUCCCACGGCCACGGUCACGGCCACUCCCACGGCCACGGUCACGGCCACUCCCACGGCCAUGGUCACGGCCACUCCCACGACUCUGCAGCUGCUUCGGGUUCACAGCCGGCCGGUUCAGGUCAGCAGAAGAAUAACGACAGCCUCGCCGUUAGAGCCGCCUUCGUCCACGCUUUGGGAGAUCUCUUCCAGAGUGUCGGGGUGCUCAUAGCUGCCUACGUUGUCCGGUUCAAGCCAGAGUUGAAGUUGGCAGACCCCAUCUGUACCUACAUCUUCUCCGUUCUGGUCAUCUUCACUACACUCCGCAUCAUUCGAGACACAACGGUGAUCGUGCUGGAGGGCGUUCCCAGGCACCUGGACACUCAGCGAAUCAAGGAGGACCUCAUGCAGCUGGAGGAUGUCCAAUCAGUCGAUGAGCUGAACGUCUGGUCGCUGACAGCUGAUAAGACUGCAGCACUAGUGCAUCUACAGCUGACGCCCUCUAGUGCUAGCAGCUGGGAGGACGUCCAGGCGAAGGCGCGCCACCUGCUGCUCCACACCUACGGUCUGUCCAGGUGCACGGUGCAGGUCCAGACUUACAGGCUGAGGAUGGUUCGCAGCUGUGCACAGUGCCAGCAGUCCAACGCCUAAACGGACGCUCACGCCGACUCCCGCGGUUCGUUUUACGGAACCAGACGGCAGAGGGGCCUGCACGUUACGCUGCUCAACGGCACAGCAGGAGCCACAUCUCAUGGACGUAUGUGGAGACGGGGUGGCUCCAGAGGACAGUCAGUGGACAACCAACAGAUGCACAUCUCUAAUCAAAGGAGCCUCCAGGGACCGGAUGCCCUCAUGCUUGCAAAGCUUUUGGAGUGGAGGUUGAAUGCUUCAGCUGAGCAGAAUGAAAAAAAACUUGCCCUUAAUUCACCAUUUAAGCCUCUUCCGACAGGUAGCUUUUGUUUUUACACUUCGAUUUAUCGCGGCUGAUGUUCUGUCAUCGGACGUACAGAUUUUACUUUGUGUUACUAGGUGUGAGAGCUUCUUAUUUUAUAAAGGAUAUCUGCAGAUGAAAAGGUACCUCAUGUGGUUUGGUGGUAACUGUGGUCACAGUGCGUACAAGCUGCACUCCUCACCGCCGGCAGAGGAGGUGAGGAACAAACCUUUAUCAUCGUAUCCCUUCGAUAGAAACUACAUUUCAUCAAAUGCACUUAAUCAUUAAUAUUCCUCAGCCCACAUCUGUUGUGGAGCGGAUUUUUAAAAGAGAACUUAAGUAUUGUUUAAGUAGUCUACUGUGGCUGUACUGACCAACACCUGAAAUAACUUGACAUUUCUGACACUGGUGUUUUAUUCUAGCAUGUCUUUUAAUUAACUGUUGCCAACAAGCAACUGACAAUCAGAGUGAGUCUGACUGGAUAAGGAGUGAAUGUGGAUGGACUGACUCCAUCCUUCCACUCUAAGCUCCUUCUUUUCCUCCGUAUCAUAAACUGACAGUAUAUUAACGCACACAGGUCUCAGUUAUUUUCAGUAUUUCAAAGCUGCAGUGUUUUGUUGGAGCGGGACCGAGUUAAAAUUUGCCAAUAAUGUUGUUUAUAGUGUUUUGUUUUCAAGUGUUGUGAGGCUGUGGAAGGUUUGUGGUUGAACCUUUCCACAUCUCUGAUAUUAAUCAUCACAGGAAAUCAGGAACUGGAUCACUUUUUUGUUUGUAAUAAAGUGUUGAACCUUU